GACUUCUUUUUCCUCUCCACUCACACACAACAUGAUCCGCCCAUUCCUCUCCCGCGCAUUCCCCGCCCAGGCCAUCUCCAAACGCGCACUGUCGACUGGUGUCCCCAAGACCUCUCCACUCUGGAGUCUCGGUCGACUGAACCAUGUUGCCAUUGCUGUGCCGGAUAUUGAUCAAUCGACGGCGUUUUACCGCGACUUGAUGGGCGCCAAAGUCAGCGAGAAAGUGCCAUUGCCCGAGCACGGUGUAUACACCGUCUUUGUAGAGUUGGGCAACACCAAGAUUGAGCUGCUUCACCCAUAUGGUGAGAAUUCACCAAUCCAGGGAUUCCUCAACAAGAACAAGUCUGGAGGCAUUCAUCAUAUCUGUAUUGAGGUCGACGAUGUCACCAAGGCCGUCAACGACCUGAUGGCCAAGGGUAUCAAGGCAUUGAAUCCCAUUCCCAAGAUUGGCGCUCACGGAAAGCCAGUCGUCUUUUUGCACCCCAAAGAUUGCCAUGGUACCUUGGUCGAGCUUGAGCAGAGUUAGAGAGAUGCGGGAUGUCCUUCUAGAAGCGAAUGGGAAUGAAAUAAAGAUUUAAAAACGUCAUUUCAAUCGGCGAAGGC